AUGGAGGCAAUAAUUUGGAAUGUAAGAUCAGUGAAUACAAUGCAAGCUUUUGAAAGACUGAUCUUAAUGCACAGGCAGCAUCAUUUUGAAUUCAUUGGAAUAUUAGAACCUAUGCAACAGUCAAACAAAAUGGAGAGAUACAGGGCAAGAAUUGGUUUGGCUCAGGCUGUGGUUAAUGUAUCUAAUAAAAUAUGGGCAUUCAUAGAUGAAGUGUAUGAGGUGACAAUUCUGUACAACAUGACUCAACAGUUGACUCUGAAACUGUUUCACACAGAAACUCAUAUAGAGCUUAUACUUACUCUAGUGUAUGCUAAAUGUGAUGCAAUAGAGAGGAUAGAACUAUGGGAUUCUCUUUAUGCAAUGGCUACUGAUAUGACUUCUCCUUGGCUUGUGGGAGGGGAUUUCAAUGUUAUAUGGGAUGAGGAGGAAAAGUUUGGUGGGCUCCCUGUUCAUUUAAAUGAGAUUGAUGAUUUUAGGCAUUGCAUUAAUACUUGCAACCUCACAGAUCUGGGUUUCAAAGGGAGUAUUUACACCUGGUGGAAUGGAAGAUCAGAAGAAGAUUGUAUUUUUGAGAGACUGGAUAGAUGCUUGG